GUCAGCAGAAUAAGUCAGAUGACAAGUUACCAGAAUUAGCAGGAAAAAUGGAGGUGAAAGAAAAAAAGAAGAAGAAACAGAAGAAGAAGAAUUCAGCAACAAAUGAGACUACUGCUGAUGAGGAGCAGUUAAAAAACAAAUAUCACAUUCACGCUAAUGGGACAGAUAUACCAGACCCACUGAGGAGCUUUGAAGAGUUGAGCACGGAGUACGGUGUUGCCGAGACAAUAUUAAAAAAUGUACACAGUCAGGGAUACAAGGAACCUACUGGUAUACAAAGGCAGGCUAUUCCUGUGUUGCUGCAGGGUCGAGACUUGAUGGCAUGUGCUCCCACUGGAUCAGGUAAAACUGCUGCAUUUAUCAUUCCCAUUCUGCAUCAACUGAAAGAGCCCAGAAAAGAUGGGUUCCGCGCACUAGUACUGGCCCCCACUAGAGAGUUGGCAAAGCAGAUUCUUAGAGAGUUCAGAAAGCUAUCCAAGGGCCUAGGACUUAAAAGUUGUUACAUUGAGAAAGAGUCAACAGUUCUGAAAAAGUCUAAAGAGAACUUUGAUAUCUUGGUGACAACCCCAAACCGGCUGGUCUUCAUGCUGCAGCAAGAUCCUCCUCUCCUGUCUGUCAGCAAUGUUGAGUGGCUGGUGGUUGAUGAGUCUGACAAGCUGUUUGAAGCUGGUAAAAGAGGCUUCAGAGACCAGCUCGGUGCAAUCUAUAAAGCGUGCAGUUCAUCUAAAGUCCACCGUGCCAUGUUCAGUGCAACAUUUGCUCAAGAUGUGGAAGAGUGGUGCAAGCUGAACCUAGACAAUGUCAUUCAUGUCUAUAUCGGAGCCAAGAACACAGCAAUCAACACUGUAGAACAGAAACUUAUUUUCACUGGAGAUGAGGAUGGAAAAUUAAUAGCCUUCAGAAAUCUUGUGCGAGAGGGUAUUGCUCCGCCAGUCCUAGUUUUUGUCCAGUCAAAAGAGCGAGCCAAGCACUUGUACACAGAACUCAUGUAUGAUGCAAUCAACAUUGACAGAGACGAGGUCAUCAAGAAAUUCCGCACUGGACAGAUAUGGGUGCUUAUCUGCACCGAGUUGAUGGGGCGAGGCAUAGACUUCAAGGGGGUGAAUCUGGUCAUCAACUAUGAUUUUCCUCUUACUGCCAUCAGCUACAUUCACAGAAUAG